CUUCAGAUCUCUAGAACUCCAGAUCGAGCGUCUGUGAGCAUAUUGUCCAAUUUAUAACAUCAAUAUGCACCCACGGAGUAAAUAGAACAUUCUGUAGACAUCACACAAAAGACGCAUUUCAUUUUCAGGUUUUAGAGGACACAACGCAGAACCGUAAAUACUUCCAAGAGGUUACACUGAAACUUACUAGAGAUUACGCAGAGCACAUCACUAUACAUCACACUAGCGAGGCAAGCAGGAAUCCAGCCUAUUGAGAACUCGGAGGACGAGGAAGAACACGUGAUAUCCAAGAGCUUCGAGCUCUGGCCGCCAACUGUCCGAGAUGGACCCUGACACGAACCAUCGGGUCCCGUUAAAGGAAGUCACUAUUGCCAUCGUGAGCAACAGGCCCAGAUCAAUAACUGCGUUCCUUCUUGAGAAACUUCACAACAUAAGCGUCGUCUUGAGCGGAAUUCGAUUAUCUGUGCGACAGACGCGGAGCAAGACGCGAGGAUUAGAGUCUUGUGCUGUCCCUUUGUGACGUCCUUGAGAAUGAAGCUGUCAGUAGCUCAGCACGGGGACGAGAUGACGACUUAGGAGGUGGAGAGCGGAGCCGAGGGAAUCGGAUUGCUGGACUGAACAUAGGUUGAACAGACAUCGACUUUCGCUUACCCCUACCCUUUCCCGAGGACGUAGAGCGCGUCCGUUGAUUGAUUGUGCGUUGCUUGUUCUGGUUUCGCACAAUGCCAGGUUCCAAAGUGAGCCAGCGAAGGGCUUCAGAUCGGAAAGCGCAGAAGGAUAAUUCGGAUGAUGAGGCUGCUGCUGUCCAGAAAACUACAAAAUCGAAAAAAGGCUCCGAUAGUCCGUGGCUAGCCGCCGAUCCCAGCAAGAGAUGGGGGGAAUUCUUUUUCCUGGCCUACAGCCCAUUUUGGAUAGUUCUGUGCCUCGGCGUUGUCGUCCCAUUACAACUGUAUGAGAAAUAUGAUGAACUGGAGUACCUUCUGUUGGGCUUAGUAUGUGCGGUCCCAUGCUGGGCGUUGCCGCUGGUAAUCGUUGGGCAGGAGGAUGCAAAGCGCCCCUUUUUUCAUCGCUACUGGGUCAAGGCUAACCUGUGGAUUGCAAUUUUUGGAUUUGUGGGCAACUAUUUCUGGACUCACUACUUCUACACCGUUCUGGGAGCGACGUACUCCUUUCCUUCUUACAAACUGAAUCAUGUCCCGUUGACGACAUUCCUUCUCACGCAUUCCUACUUCCUGUUCUAUCACAUGAUCUCCAAUUUCACCAUUCGCCGAAUUCGUCACGCCAUUCGCCACAUCUCCAGCAGGACAGUCAGAUUUUUUAUACAAGCCCUGUACAUCUUUUUUCUGUCCUACGUCACGGCUCUCAUGGAAGCCGUCACCAUCGCCAAUUUCCCAUACUACGAAAUGGUGGACAGGAAAGCGAUGUACCUGUACGGGUCCUUCUUCUACGCCAUCUACUUCUUCGCCAGCUUCCCCAUGUUCUUCAGGCUGGACGAGGAGCCGGCGAAGCCAUGGUCUCUUCCGCAAACAGCCAUCGAUUCCUUGGCAGCGGCCAUGCUGGUCACCAUUCUGCUGGACCUGUGGCGAAUAAGCAUCGGCCCCAUCGUUAACAUUCCGUGGGCAGAGUCUCUGGAGCAGUGUGCUGCUCAUGGACUUCCGUGGCUCACAGACGCGGGAUCCAAGAUUCUGCCUAAAAUUCGUGUACAAAGCGAUCUAAUCAAUGGACCGCUCAUUGUUUAGAAAUCGAUUCCUUGUUCAUCGAUCUUCGCUAAUGACGCCAUGACACGCAUGCCGGGCUAGCUUUUUCCAUCCCACGUCUUAUGAACCGGCAUUGGUGCAGCAUCUCGCUCUCCCUCUCGCCUCGGUCACGGUGUUCGCUUUACGAGGCACUCUUAGCAAAAUUGGAAAUGUUCAAAUGUACUAGAGAUUCAAUGAGAUAAGAAAGCAGGAGUCAUUCCACGGAAUGAACUCUUCAUGGCCGGCCUGUGAUCAGAUUGGGUGUCACUCUCAAACAAUUCAACUCCUUCCAUUCAAUCUUAAUGUCUGGUUUGGUG